AUGCCUGUCGUUGCUCUGCAGGUCACAGGCCGGCGGAUGGUGGAGCGCGGCCUGCUCCCGCAGCCUCCCUCGGGACAGUACGCUGACCUGUGUGCGCUGCCGGAUCUAAACGAGCGGACCUUGCUGGAGAACCUGCGCGGACGCUUCCGUCAGGAGAAGAUCUACACGUACGUGGGCGGGAUCCUGAUCGUCGUCAAUCCCUUCAAGUUCCUGCCCAUCUAUAAUCCCAAAUACGUCAAGAUGUACGAUAACCACCGGCUGGGGAAGCUGGAGCCGCAUUUCAGAGCUUAUGUGGAGAAGUAUCUUCUGGAAAAAUCCCGACUAGUUUAUCAGGAGCACAAUGAGAGGAACUAUCAUGUGUUUUACUACUUGCUGGCCGGAGCGAGUGAAGAAGAAAGAAAAGCGUUUCAUCUCCUCAAACCAGAGGAGUAUCAUUACCUGAACCAGAUAACAAAGAAAGUCCACAGACAGCACUGGGGAAAUUACUAUGAGACCGAGCUGGACUGUUUCACGGUGGAAGGUGAAGAUCUGAAGCAUGACUUCGAGCGACUGCAGCUGGCCAUGGAGAUGGUGGGAUUCCUGCCGGCCACCAGAAAACAAAUCUUCUCUUUACUGUCUGCGAUCCUUCUCCUGGGCAAUAUCCGUUACAAGAAGAAGACGUACAGAGACGACUCCAUCGAUAUCUGUAACCCAGAGGUGCUUCCUAUCGUCUCUGAACUGCUGGAGGUGAAGGAGGAGAUGCUUUUCGAGGCUCUGACCACACGAAAGACGGUAACGGUGGGCGAGAGAUUGAUUGUGCCGUACAAACUAGCCGAGGCGGGGACGGUGAGGGACUCGAUGGCCAAAUCUCUGUAUGGCGCUCUGUUCGACUGGAUCGUCUUCCGCACAAACCACGCACUGCUCUACAACAAAGACCUGGAGGAUUCAGACAAGAUCCUGUCCAUCGGCGUGCUGGACAUCUUCGGCUUCGAGGACUACGAGAACAACAGCUUCGAGCAGUUCUGCAUCAACUUCGCCAACGAGACGCUGCAGCAUUACUUCAACCAGCACGUCUUCAAACUUGAGCAGGAGGAGUAUCGGUCGGAGGGCAUCAGCUGGCACAUGAUCGACUACAUCGACAACACGGCCUGCAUCGACCUCAUCAGUAAGAAACCCACCGCGCUGCUCUACCUGCUGGACGAGGAGUGCAAUUUUCCGCAGGCGUCUAAUCAAACUCUGCUGGAUAAGUUUAAGCGGCAGCACGAGGGAAACGGCUACAUCGAGUUUCCUGCCGUCAUGGAGCCGGCGUUCAUCAUCCGACACUACGCCGGCAAAGUCAAAUACAGCGUCAGGGACUUCAGGGAGAAGAACACGGAUCACAUGCGUCCGGAUAUCGUGGCUCUGCUGAAGAGCAGCGGAAAGGCUUUCAUCUGCGGCCUGAUGGGAAUCGAUCCUGUGGCCACCUUCCGCUGGGCUGUGAUCCGCGCCUAUUUCAGAGCGCUCGUCGCCUUCAGAGAGGCCGGGAAACGACACCAGGAGAAGACGACGACGAGCGGCUCUGACAGUCCGGUUCAGAAUCAGAAAAGAGUGGACAGCUUCAGUUUCCUGCAUCAUCCUGUUCACCAGCGGAGCCAUCAAACUUUCUCCAUGGCAUUAGAGCUGGAUUCAGAUUGGUGCAUCAGCCGCAGGACUCCUCUAUCAGACCUGCAGGGAUCGAACACGCUCAGCCAGAAAACAAGCAGGAGGUGCGAGGAAGACGAGGGCAUCUUCGUGAACUCGCUGAAUAAUAAGCUUCUGGAGCGAGCGCAGGGCAUCCUGAUGAGAAACAAGAGCUACAAGACCAAGCCAAGCCUCCCGAAGCACCUGCUGGAUGUGAAAUCACUGAAGUAUCUGAGCUGCCUGACGCUCCACGACCGCAUCACCAAAUCACUGCUGCAUCUGCACAAGAAGAAGAAACCUCCCAGCAUCAGUGCGCAGUUCAGCGUGUCUCUGAAUAAGCUGAUGGAGACUCUGGGACAGUCGGAGCCGUACUUCGUGAAAUGCAUCCGCUCUAAUGCAGAAAAGCUUCCUCUGCGUUUCAACGAGGCGCUGGUGCUGAGACAGUUACGCUACACCGGCAUGCUGGAGACGGUGAGGAUACAGCGCUCCGGAUACAGCGUCAAAUACAGCUUCCAGGAUUUUGCCCAUCAUUUCCGUGUGCUGUUACCCGCCGGCUUUCACGCCACUCAGACGCGAAUCAGACAGUUCCUGCAGAGCGUCGACCUCGAGACCAACGGACAUCAAGUGGGCAGAAGCACGGUAACGUCAACACUCACACUCACACACACUCACACUCUCACACACACACUCUCACACACAGGACGCUUCUGCAGACAGAGACGAGCCGCUCGACUCAUACAGCGCUGGUGGCGGGACUGUCUGACUCGAUCUGAUGCUGAGCUCCAGCAGGGGGCAGCACUGCGUCUGCAGGCGUCCUGGAGAGGCUUCAGAGAGCGACAGCUGUACCUGCGGCGGAGGAGAGCAGCGCUAGUCAUCCAGACGCGCUGGAGGAGAGUCCUGCAGACGCGACACACAGCCGCGCGCCUCAUUCAGGCCGUCUGGAGGAGCUGCAGACACAGACGCAGCGCCGCCGUCACGCUUCAGGCCGCCUGCAGGGGGCAGCAGGCCCGGCACAGGUGCCGCAUUCUGAGAGAGCUGCAACGUGGAGAGAAAAGCCUCUGUGAAAACACUGUGAGCAAAAGUUUACAUGCCCAUCAAAACCAAGCUGACGUCCAAGAGGAGAAGCGAGAGAGUCGAUCCACCAGAGCUCGCAGAAGCAUAGACGACAGCACGCUGAAGAGCCGCUCCAAACGCGAAAGCAGGAGGCAGCGGGAACUCCAGCAAGCCACGUUCAGUCUAGAGCUGCUCAAAGUCCGGUCCAGUUCAGUGGACGACGCGCUUCCCGCUCAGACCGCGCUCUCCAAACAUCAACCUCCGGACAGUCGAGAAAGCUUCGAGCUCCUCAUCCUUCCCGACGAGGAACCGGCGACGUCCCAAUCCGAAUCCGAGCCAACGGAGGAGAACCGGAGCAGUCCGGCGUCCUUCAAACCUCACUUCUACAUCGCAGACGAGGACGGCAGCCCGCUCAAGCAGACCCAGGAGAAGAAGGAGUCUGUGGUGGUCAUAAUCAGCAUGCAGGAGAACCCAGUCGAGCACAGCAGCCUGGAAGCUCUGCAGAAACUCCAGCCCAUGGAUGCUCAGGAGGUUUGUGGAGACACCGAGGACAGAGCGAAUGGAUUGUCGUCCUCAGAUCAUUCAGAUGACCAUGAACCUCAAACCCCUUCUUCCAAACCCCUCCAGCUGGACUUGAGGGACUCAGAGGCCAAGAAGGAGGUUCAGAAGAAGUUUGUUUCUCAAAGCAUCAGCAUCAGUAUGAAGGAGAAAGCCUUCUGUCCCAAACGCAGCCGACUGACCUUCUCCAAGUCUGACAAAGACCUGGUGAAUCAGGAGCGAUCUCUGGAGAUCCAAAGAGAGGCGGGAUUCAGAUCGUUAAAAACCAGAGAGAAAGAGCAGAAGAGGAUCCAGAAGACCAUGUCGUCAGGUGACCUUGGGAAAAUGGAUUCGCUCAGGAAGUCGAUCUCGCAAACCGAUGGCAGGGUCAGAGGCAAAAUGCGAUUCUGGAGUAAGAGCAAACGUGACGAUAAAAAGAUGUCCACCAGGGGGCGCUCCGCAGAUUCAGAGCUCACCGACUCUCCUCUAGGAAGCCCUGAGCAGGCCGGACUGUCCGAACGCGGACGCGACAGCAAGGAGAACCGCGAGCCCAUGAUGAGCAUGAUGUCGAUGAAGAGGAGACGCAGUGUGAAGAUCAGUAGCGUGUCGCUAGAAUCCUCCGCCUGGCAGAACGACUCGCUGCACAUCCUGACUAGCACCGCUGACUAUCGCAGCAUGAGCGACUUCCUCAUGAAGAAGAUCAGCGAUCUAGAAGCUGAAGACAGUCAGAAGGACACACCGGUGGAUGUGGUCUUCAAGAAGGCCCUGAAAGAGUUUCGCCUCAACAUCUUCAACUCAUACUCUACUGCUCUGGCCAUGGAUGAUGGCAGGAGCAUUCGUUAUAAAGAUCUCUACGCUCUGUUCGAACACAUCUUAGAGAAGAACAUGCGUCUGGAGCAGAGAGACUGGAGCGAGUCGCCGGUUAAAGUCUGGGUCAACACGUUUAAAGUCUUCCUCGAUGAGUUCAUGACCGAAUACAAGCCAGUGGAUGGAACCAUCAGUAAGGCUCCUAAACCUGAGAGGAAGAAGAGGAGGAAAAAGGAAUCGGACACCGUGGAAGAGCACAUGGGUCACAUCUUUAAAUCCACUCAGUACAGCAUCCCGACAUACUGCGAGUUCUGUUCGUCACUCAUCUGGAUGAUGGACAAAGCGUGUGUCUGCAAACUCUGUCGCUAUGCGUGUCACAGGAAGUGCUGUCUGAGGAUGACCACCACAUGCAGUAAGAAGUUUGACCCCGAGCUGUCUUCACGGCAGUUUGGCGUUGAGUUGUCUCGUUUAACGAGCGAUGAGAGAGCCGUCCCGCUGGUGGUGGAGAAGCUGAUCAACUACAUCGAGAUGCAUGGCCUCUACACCGAGGGCAUCUACAGGAAGUCUGGAUCCACCAAUAAAAUCAAAGAACUCAAGCAGGGGCUGGACACCGAUGUGAACAGUGUGAAUUUAGACGACUACAACAUCCAUGUGAUCGCCAGUGUGCUGAAACAGUGGCUGCGUGACCUUCCCAACCCCCUCAUGACCUUUGAAUUUUAUGAGGAGUUCCUCAGGGCUAUGGGUCUGCAGGAUAAGCGUGAGGUGGUUCAGGGGGUUUAUUCGGUCAUCGAUCAGCUCAGCCGAACUCACCUGAGCACACUGGAGAGACUCAUAUUCCACCUGGUCCGGAUCUCAUUCCAGGAGGAGACGAAUCGCAUGUCUGCCAACGCGGUGGCCAUCGUGUUUGCACCCUGCAUACUGCGCUGUCCCGACACCACCGACCCGUUACAGAGCGUCCGGGACAUCAGCAAGACCACUGCGUGUGUGGAGCUGAUCAUCUGCGAGCAGAUGAGGAAAUAUAAAGCCCGUCUGAAGGACAUCAACACGCUGGAGUUUGCCGAAAGCAAAGCCAAGAGUCGGCUGACGCACAUCCGGCGCUCGAUGGGUCAGGGGCGUUUACGCAAAAGUGGGCGCCACACGCCCUCACCGCCCUUAAGCCCUGGAGCAGCAGAGGGGGCGGAGCCGGGCGAGGAGGGGGCGGAGCCUGCGCUGAGUGAGCAGCAGCAAGCAGCCAUGCAGCAGGAGGAGAAAGUGUUGUCUCAGCAGAUAGAAAACCUGCAGAAAGAGAAGGAAGAACUGACCUAUGAGAUGCUGGCUUUGGAGCCCAGAGCGUCUGAUGACGAGAUGCUGGAGUCGGAAGCAUCUAUCGGAACAGCAGACAGCUCAGAAAACCUCAUGGAGUCGGAAGGCGCCGCGUCCGAUCAAUGGGACAAAAGCCCCGGCGCCGUGUCGGCAGCACGCUGGAGGAAGUCCGAGUCCAAAAGCAGACGCGGUUUACAGCGUCAGCCUGAAUCUCUGGACUCAGUGGACUCGGCCGUAGCCUCGCUGUCCUCGGUGUCGUCCACGCCUCACUAUCGGGUUCGUUCGUCCUCUUCCGGGCCGCUAUUUUCCUCCAGCUGUCCCGGCGGGGACUUGCACAUUCUCCCCGACCAGGAGGGCUCCGAACAGGCUUCCCUGAACACCCGAUGUGCCUCCAGCUCCGAGAAAACCCCAGGCAACCGAAGCUGCUCGCCAAAGUCCCGCGAGCCGGGCGAAGGCGUCGCCGGCGGCCGAAGACGAGAACAUGACUUCGGUUCUUCUCAGCCUUUGGUGCUGUAUGGGAGUAAUGAAUUUAUGGUGUGACGAGCAGGAACACCAACGGAUGUCCGAAUAACAUUUAAAGUGAAAGAGAGAAGGCUUGGGAAUCAACCUUCAAUUGCUCGGUGAUCAAAAUUGCAAGGAAGGUACUGAAUGGGGUUUUUACGAAAUGUACGACCUACUGACUGUAACGGACCUGCUGGACUGGUCCGUUUCUCACAGCAAGAAUAGUUGAACGGGGAAAGAGCGAUUUUUAAUCAACUGAGCCAAUGAGAAGUCAAGCGACUUCAACCGAAUGCAUGCCGUAUUGCUACUAUUUUGUUUUCACUCUAUGAUUAAAACCUUUGAUAAAGAGCUAAAUAUGUAAAAUAAUAUUAUAUAUAUCUCGAACGAAUCAUGUAAAUAGCUGAAAUCCCUGUGCUGCUGAGUAACGUCGUCUUGUGUUGCAGAUUGAAAACUAGAGCGUCUGUCUCUGUAUGUUGUUUCUUUUGGGUGAGUGUGACAAAAACGCACAUGAUUUAGGUCUUAUUUUGUCUUAUUUCGUUGCAUAAAGCAAACAAUCUUGGUUUUCUUUAUGCAAAAUGGAUUUGAAAUCUGACCCGGACAUGUGCUUUAACCCAUGUUUUAUUAGCUUUUUUGGUUUCAGCAACACGUUUUCCCUUCAGAUGAAAAAGCAAAAGGAUGAAUAGGGAUGAGAAGUCAGAUGUGUGUAGCUUUACUCUCC